CCGCGCUGGCCGCAGCCCAGGUGACCUCGGAGGACCAGGAAGUGCCGGAGCACAAACCCGUGGAGAUUCGCUGCGCCGCGUUCCGCUCCAGCUCCGGCAGCGCCCGCAUCGAGUGGAAGUUCCAGAGGGGCUCGUCCCUGGCACUGAUCUACUACGGGGGGGAGCUCACGGAGCCGUACCGGGACCGUGUCCAGUUCUCGCCCACGUCCAUCCGGUUCCAGUCGGUGACGCGCGAGGACAGCGGGAAGUACAUCUGCGAGGUGGUGGGGGAUGGCAGCCACAUCGCCAAGUCCGAGGUCAACCUCAUCGUCCAGGUGCCCCCGGGGAAGCCGCUGGCACACGUGCCCAGCUCUGCCACGGUGGGCGCGCGGGCGGUGCUGCGCUGCUCCGAGGCGCAGGGCUCGCCGCCCCCCACCUUCCGCUGGUACAAGGACGGCACCGAGCUGCCCCAGGACCCCAAAUCCAGCCCCGCCUUCCGCAACUCCUCCUACAGCCUGGACCCGCGCUCGGGGGAGCUGGUCUUUGAGCCCGUGGGGGGCUGGGACACGGGCGAUUAUCACUGCGAGGCCUCCAACAACGUGGGCACCCCCCAGAAAUCCGACGUCUUCCGCAUGGAAGCCAAAAAAACAGACCCCCCCCCCGGUGUCACCUCGGUGUCACCCCGGUGUCACCCCUGUCCCUGGGGUGUCCCCUCGGUGGGGACAGAGGGGACACAGCGGGGUGGCACUUCCCAAAAAUCCCGAUUUUCCCGCAGUGCCGGCGGGAAGAAGGUGAUUUACAGCCAGCCCUCACGGCGCAGCGAGGGCGAGUUCAAGCAAACCUCCUCGUUCCUGGUGUGAAGCCGUCCCCGCCACCCCUGGACACUUUCUCCCAAUUCCCGCGGGAUUUUGGGAAUUCUCGCGGGAUUUUGGGAUGUUCCGCAGGAUUUUUGGAAUUCUGCAGGAUUUGGGGAAUUCCUGAAGGAUUUUUGGGAAUUCCCGCCGGAUUUUUGGAAUUCCUGCAGGAUUUUGGGAAUUCCCGCAGGGUUUUUGUAAUUCCCGCGGGAUUUUUGGGAAUUCCCGCGGGAUUUUUGGGAAUUCCCGCGGGAUUUUUGGGAAUUCCCGCGGGAUUUUCUCCGCGGUUUUUUAAAGCCUCACCGGUGCCUUCGCCGCCGCUGCCUCUGGAACCUGGGGGGGGUCCCCGUGUCCCCUCUUUGUGCCCUCUUGUCCCCCCCAUCGUCCCCUCCCAUUCCCCCCUUGUCCCCCUUUUUGUCCCCUUUGUCCCCCCCCGUCCCCUCUCUGUCCCCCGGGGGGGCUCUGGGAGGGGGCGGGGCUGGUGCCACCACCUGGGGACACCAGCAGUGUCCCACUGGUCCCAGUGGCCCCCCUGUACUGGGAGCGUGGGGGGGGUACUGGAAAUAAACCUGUGU